GUUCCUCCGAAUGAAAGAGAGAAAACUCCAAGUUGUUCAAGGAAUAGAGCGCGAUGGAAUUUCCUACUAGAAGCUAACAAAAUAAAUUACGGCCAUGGCUUCUGCAACACGAGCUUGUCGGCCUUUGAAUCGACUGACCACGAUUUUACGACAGCCGGGCCUUCAAAGCCGCUGGCCACUACCCGCAGCAAAUAAUACCCUCCGCACUGCAGCCGACUGCAGAGUUUUCCCGUAUGCAGCAUCGCAGUUCCACACUACCGCAUCGCGCCGUGCAGACGAGGAGCCGUCCCGUGCCGACCUCUCAUCCCUAGAUGUGCUGGGCAAUACGCCCGUGCCCGCCACUUCCGUAGACGUGUGCAUGUCGAACGGCUUCCGCCUCAACAGCGGCGCAGGAGUUUCCGACGGCUCCGGCGUCCUCUUAAUUAACGGUGAAGCCUUCAAAUGGCGCCCGUGGGCUCCUCGCGGCGAGAAACGACUGCUGAAUAAGAAGGGGCAGUGGGAGGUGCCGAAUGAAACCUUCGGAUUGUUUGGACUGCUGUGGCCCCGACCAGAUUUAUUAAUACUGGGCCUCGGUCCGGAUAUCCGCCCCAUAAGUCCGGAACUGAGGAGGCAUAUUAGCAGCUUAGGUAUGAGGGUAGAGAUUUUGGACACGCGGAAUGCGGCUGCGCAGUACAACUUGCUGGCUACGGAGAGGGGAGUCAACGAUAUCGCGGCUGCGCUGAUACCCAUUGGCUGGAGGGAGGGCGUGGGCGCUGCUUGAGCGAUGCAUAUGGUCGUUCGUUAUAACUGUCACGCCCGUACGGUUCACUUGGAUAUGGAGGUAAGAGCAUAAAGAAUUAUGCGUUUUACAGUAUCAUCACUUUAUAUGAUGGUCUUAUUCGGUUGAUAGAUAUGGGUUGGGCCGUUGCUUUAGUCUCAUCCUAGGCUAUAGCAUUGUCUGCGUCUAAGCCUAUGGACACGCAAAUAUGAUAGUCUAACUAACAAAACUACCUAACAUAGGCAGGAGGUUGAGGCAAAAAUGUACUAUAUUGUACUACAUAUGGGGCAUGUAUAUUAUACGAAAAUUCAAAUACGACUCGGAUAUACGCGUUAGCACGACUCGAGUUGGGAGGGACGUUUAAGUAAAUCGUCAACGCUGUUAUUUCAUCGAUACACUUAGAAAAAAACCCAAUAUCGUAUAUAACCUACCAGAUCCUAUCUGGAUAUGAAUAUUAAGAAAACUCGUAUGGAA